GCCUUAUUUUGCACAGAUGCAAUUUAUCUUAGAAUCAUUAAAGUUUUGGGGAGGCCACAUCUGUAAAUAGACAGCAUUAAUAAUGUGGCCAGACUUUUACAAGCUUACAUUAUUGUGAGAUCAGUAACAAAAACUAAUAUUAAAUACCAUGCAAAUAUUGGGCCUAUUAAAUUGUGUGUACAUUUUUUGUGAGUCAAACUGAACUAAAAAUUCUCACCAGAUUUUUUUGAUACUGUUGAUUUUUUUUGUACUUAUUUGCUUAUGUUGAUAAAUACCAAACACCUGUAAAUUAUCAAGCACAUUCACAACAUUGCAGAUUUACAUUUAAUGAUGCCUACAAAACCCCAUAAAAGGCUCACAGCUAGCUGAAAACAAGAAAAUGAUGACUAAAUAGUGAAAAAACAUCUCCUAAUCACAGUUUGCGCUAAAUCUUUUAGUGAUGCCAAUUCAGCAGUCAUAGCGCAUUGGCUACCACAGGCACAGCAUCACUCUUACUCCUUUUGUGGGGUCCCAUUUCUUUUGUCCUAAUUGAAUGGCUGGUAUUAUUUGUCUUAAUUACAUUAUUGCUGAUUUGUUUGGUUUGCUUUCUUUCAAGUCAUUAAUAUGACGAGUUUCACAAAAUAUUCUUGGUAGAUUUGUAUUGUGUCCUAGCCUGUUAGAACCAGGACUGGGAAGAGCUUAACACCUGUCCCACUCAUCCCAUGCAGGCAAGGGAUUAUGAGGCUGAUAAUCCCAGACAAUAUGUAGUAGCAUAUUGUCAUACCGUGACAGGCUUGGAAAAGGCAAAGGAGAUUUGUGUUUGUAUAUAACUGGAAUGGUAUAGAGCUGUGCGUGUCUGUGUCUGUGUGAUUAUUAUUCUUAUCAUUUAGGUAUAUGAUCAUGGUGGUUUAUAUUAGACUGUUAGAAUGUUUACAUUUUGGCAAAUAUGACCAACUAAAUUCUUUAGUAAAUAUUGUAAGCACAUCACUCAAGUGACAUGAGGUCGAACUGUCAGGAACUGUCAGAGCCAGAAUCCACAGACUAUACUGACACUGCCGGCAUUUCUACCGCUUGGUUUUUUUCUAGUGUUUUCCAGUGUUUCCUGGGGCAUAGUAGUAGGAUUCACAUUUAUUUUUAAAAAAUAAUAGAAAACAAGCAUUUUCCAGUUUAGGCCAUGCCCACCUCUGGCGGAUGCAGAUCAGGAACAGAUACAGAUAGUGAUGUUGCAUUACACACCUAGUAGCUUGGUUAGCAUGCUAAAUAAAUGUACAGACAUUGACGGUGUCAAGGAUAUUGCUAGACAGAUUAAUCUGAUAAGCAGAUGUCCAGUGUCUGAUGGAACUGGAGUAAUGAAGAAUAUUUAACUGUUUGGAACUUUACCUUAUAGUGAUCCUAAAUUGCAUACUGGUACCAUACUGUGUCAUGAAAUUCACAUCAGUGAUUUAGUACUGUAUAUUAAUUAAAUAUUUUAACAGUAAGGCAUGUAACAUAAUACCCCUUCUCACAGCACUAAUGAUAAAUGCCCUUGUUCCUUCAUUGCCUGUUAGCUGAAAUUAAUUACGUUGAAGAUAUAAAAAUGAUUUCGGUCCUUAAUUAAAGUCUGCUCUUUGAACUGAUAGUUGUGGCUAAGAAAAAGCUAUUGAUUACACAAUAACUUAGCUAACUAACUCAAAAUGGAAUGGUUUCAGGAGUGACGAAAAGUCUGUUCUUUACCCUGUAUUUCAUGUACAGUGUCUGUGUACCCUCCCCCAUCCCCUGAGUCAGAAGUACAAUGUAUGUAAGAUACAACUGAUUAUGGCGUGUAAAAGGAGGGAACUCAUGCAUAGUAAGUGUCAGACAAAGAGAAAGGGAAAAAAAUACAAGCAAAUAUGUUCAUCCAUAUUUACAAAUCCAGUUUAUGAUUUUAAUGUUCAAGUGGAUUAAUAAAAUGUUUUCAUUCAUAUUUGUUUGUUCUCUUGAACAGUGGCCAGUAAAAGGUAGUAUCUGAUAAAACAAUAGCUGCAGUCCCCUGAGUAAUAUCACAUGUCUCUGUCACUGGUGGAGCUCUUUCCGCUCAUAAAAACGCUCCUUUCAUAUUAUCAUAAUCAAUGGUCUACAAAGAGGAGGAGGAGAAGUGUGUGAGGAAAUAUGAGCGAGAGAGAGAAAGAGAGCAGCACAGAGAGAGGUAGAGGGAACUGGGCUGGGACCAUCUGACUUGCUUGCCUUUGAUUCGUUGCAUUCUCUGUAAUUGGAUCAAGUGCAGACUUGCCUAGCUCCGCUGCACGCGUUAUGUUCAGAGUGCGGAGUGGGAGUGGCUGGAGAGGGGAUAUACCAUAGAGAGAGAGGGAGAGACAGCAUGAGAGAGGCAGGAAGGGGGUAAGAGGGAGAAAGAAUGCCCAUGUGUGCAUGAGUGAGAGAAGAAGAGAGAAAGAAGAGGAGGGGCAAGAGCGAGAGAAGAGGCGUGCACCAUCCUCACUCGUCCAUCCUUCUAUGUUGCGUAGCGAGGUGUGCGCUGUGCUAACAAUCAGUUCCUGCUCUUAUCCCUGGUGCCAGCACAUGGAGAGGAUGGGCACCUGCAGUUCCUGGAUGAUUCAACACCUCUCAAUACCUACUGCCAGAGCAUGACAAGAAGGCUCUCCUGUUGGCUGAGCUCCAGCACAACCACUGCACUCCUCUUCUGCCCUCAGGUGCUCGCUGUCCUCCCAUUUGAGCUUGCUAAGCCACGCUGUACCAGAGACCCGAGAGAGGGAUCCACCCCAGGCUGCCCCGUGUGUCUGCCUCUUGAGACCACCAUUAUUUAUAGACUUUGUGUUGUGCACAUUUUACCACAAGUUACCAAGUGGGAGGAUGCCGUGAGAGUGAAGCCAAGAGAGAAAGGAGUCCUUUCUGCAACGGAAGUCGGAGCCACUUCCCGGAUGCUAACAAGGUUAUUCUGUUGCCACUGAAGACCGUCUCUGCUCUCUCACUCCCUUCCCCCUCCUGCAUGAUCCGAUAAUGGACAACACACUUUAUGAGCCACGAUGCGCGAUGCUGAGAGCACCAGCACUAAUCCUCAUGUGUAAGGCUCUAAGCUAGGAACCAGGCUUUUGGAGAGUGACCUUUGAACAAGACGAGGAGAACAACGGAGGAAGAACGAAAGAAGAGACUAACUGAAAGUGAUGGCGGCUGCUGGAGUGGAGGAUUCCUCUGACAGACUCGGUGCACCUGAGAGCUCCACAUCUCCUGUGGAUCCCUCCUCUGAAGAUCUUUCUGAAGCUGGUCCUGAAGAGGCUCUUGAAGAAGUGAAGCUGGAGGAAGAGAAGCUUGAAGAGGCAGAGGUAGUGGUUGAGGAGAAUGGAGAGGAACACAGACUGUUGGGAUGCCUAGGGUUGACAGCUGCUUCCUGCUGUGUAUGUGUGGAGCUGGAGCAAGUGCGUAGCUGUGUGCGCUCAGAGAAGAUCUGCAUCCUGCCCAUCCUGGCAUGUUUGCUGAGCUUAGCACUUUGCACUGCUGGCCUAAAGUGGGUCUUUGUGGACAAAAUCUUUGAGUAUGAGCCGCCAACUCACUUGGAUCCCAAACCUAUUGGCCAGGACCCUAUCAUUAUUGAUGCGGAUCCCACAAUGGGUCUACCUAUGUCAUUUUCACAACCCACCUCAACUCGAACCCAUCUCCCAGCCACCACUGCAAAAAUCCCUGCACACCCUGAGGUGUUUGUAGAGGAUGAUUCCACAGCAGGUCCUUUUGCACCUGCCUCGCCCAAGGUGACCCACUUUUUGCCCCCCUCAAGAGUGACUACCCACUUAAACCCAGCCUCUCAGCCCACCCCCAGAACUACAGCAGUACCUGGCAGGAACAACACACCAAGCCAACAUGAAUCCAACAACAUAGUUACUAAAACAUCUCCCACCAGCACCACGGCGUCAGCCAAGACGUCUAGUCAUAUGACGCGUUGCAAAGAAGAGGAGAAGAGCUACUGCGUGAAUGGGGGCGAGUGCUUAACUGUGAAUGUCACACCCAACAGCACCAAACACCUCUGCAGGUGCCCAAAUGAGUUUACUGGUGAUCGCUGCCAAACCUACGUAAUGGCCAGCUUCUACAAACAUCAUGGGAUUGAAUUUAUGGAAGCUGAGGAGCUGUAUCAGAAACGCAUAUUAACAAUAACAGGCAUCUGCAUUGCUCUCCUAGUUGUUGGCAUCAUGUGUGUGGUGGCCUACUGCAAGACAAAGAAACAGAGGCAAAAGCUGCAUGAUCGCUUGAGGCAGAGUUUACGAAAGCGUAAUGCCAUGGCUGACAUAGGCAACGGCCCACAGUACCCCCAAAACUUCCAGCAACCACCACAAAGCCUGCAGCUUGUUAAUCAGUAUGCAUCGAAAAACACUGUCCCUGCUCAGCAUGUGAUCGAGAAGGAAACAGAAACUUCAUUUACCUUGAGCCAGUACACAUCGCCAACUCAGCCUUCCACCGCCAUCACUGCUAACCUCAGCCAGUGUUGGAGUAAUAAAAAGCCAGAGAAUGUGGUGUCUGACAGUCGCGUGAUCUCUGGGGUACAAAACAGCCGGAAUGGCACUCCAAGUCACCGCGGGCGUCUAAAUGCCACCGGAGGAGUCCGAGAUGUCAACGCCUGUGUGAAAACCUCCAGAGAAACAACAGAUUCCUAUAAAGACUCUCCAUAUAGUGAGAGGUAUGUUUCGACUGUGACAACACCGACACGCCUCUCGCCUGUGAAGUCGCUUUCCCCAGCAACGCCCUCCUCUCCUCCCUCUGAAGUGUCAGCACCUCUCCCCAGCCUGGCAACCUCUAUUCCAUCCAUGGCAAUGAGUCCAUCGGGUGAGGAGGAACGCCCUUUGCUGUUCCUCACGCCCCCGCGGCUCAGAGAGAAAUCAGAGCCCAGCCGAGCCCAGCAGCUCCGCAACUCAGCCCACUACAACCAUGGCUUGGACGAGAUGAGCCCUCCACCCAGCCCACUGCACAUCCAAGAGGACGAGCAGCAUGAGAGCAUGCAGGAGGACAGCUCCGUACCCUGUGCCCCACCCACAUCCGCCCCUCACAGCCCCACGGCCAUGCACAACUCUAAAAGAACAAAAGCCGGAUCUCAGAACAGUCAGGAUGAGCAGAGUGGAAGCAGCUCUGAAAGCAGCAGCUCAGAGAGUGAGGCAGAGGAAGAGCGCAUGGCUGAGGACACACCGUUCCUCAUACAGAACGCUGGGGUCGCAAGCAUGGCUAUGCUGGGGCUGGAGCUGGUAGACAGCAGCAGGACUAACGCCGCACUGCGCCUCUCCCCACAAGACGAUCUACAGAGCAGACUAGCCAGCGUAAUGGCUAACCAAGAUCCAAUUGCUGUGUAAAAGUGAACAUACCAUAGAAAAAAAAAAAAUAAGUAAAAGGAUACUUGUAAGAUACUAAGAGUAAACACUAAACAUUUAUUUUCUAUAAAUUAAGUAUUUGAGGGAAAUAAAAAAAUAACUUUUAUUUUAGUUAUGUAGUGCAAAAAAGUCUUUUAUAAAUUAAAUGUGUAUAUAAUGUGUUUGCUUCUUGAAAAAAAAAAAGUGCCAUUCGUUAUAUAUAUGUAUGUAUAUAUGGUCUCAGUAUUUCAAAGGCAGAAACAAUAUCAAUGGUGCCUUUAAUUUCAGAAUGGAGAACUAAAGGAAACUCCAUUAUGACACUGAGCUAUAUAUUCAUGACCUUGAGCCAGCAUCCAGCUCUGCUACAAUUCACAAUCGGCAUAUGAAGUUUCAAAAUCCAUACCAAUUAAAAAAAGAAAAAAAAAAAAAAAAAAAGCAGUUAAAACUGAAUCUCAAAGUAUAAAACUGAAGUAAUAUUAGUUAUUAUUAGUUUGUACUUUCUCAGCUGGUAACAAGGUUAUUAAAGCUCAGCACUAGAAAUCAAAUUUAGUAAUUGGGUAAGUGAAAGCUAUGAAUCAAGCCAGUUGAAUUUGUCUAGUUUGCCUGUUACUGAAUGAAUAUAUGGCUCACUAUGUCAAUAAUUCAACACAUCCGUUGGCUUCACAGUAAUGCAUUGUGGGGAAGGUACAGCACCAAUAUAAGAACUGGUCUACACAUUGUAAAGUAAACGCCAGAAAAUGUAAGCAUUCGCCCAUCAAUAUUCUUGUACAAUGUUAUAUUAUUUCCAACGUGUCUGUUGUAUUAUUUCGUUUUACAGAUGUGAUCACUUGUGUAACAGGUUCACUCGCUUAAAUGUAAUUUGCAGCCUAAAAAAUGAUGCCAGACAAAAAAAAAAAGAAAACACACACAUCUGAGUGGCAAACGCAGACACAAACUUAUAAUGAAGCUGAAUGGUGGAUAAAAUGCCUCUGAAUACUACUUCACUUUAUAAAUCUCUGUAUUGUACCUGUUUAGUGUGUCAGGAGCCAGAAAGUCUUAAACAAUAUUCGUCCAGUUCAAAUCAUAACUUCAUUUUUUUCAUUUUAACAAAAACACCCUAAAACAAGUCUUGCUUUAUCUAGAUUUUUUUUUUUUUUUGGGAACUGGAGAAAAGUUUGAGUGUUUUAAUAAUUUCUGCAGAAUACCAUACCAAUACCAUUUUUUUGUUUGUUUGUUUUUCUUCCUGAGAUAAUCAAAAAAGCCAUCACAAAAUCUGGCCCAUAACAUUCUGCAUUUUAUAGUAUUUAUUUUGUCUCUUAUUUAUUUAUUUAUUUAUUUAUUACUUUGGCCUUCUAUAGUCAGUCAGAUAUAGUCUAUAUUUUAAUAGUGUUGAAAAUAUACAUUUGAAUAUAUAUAUAUAUAUAAAAUCAGUAUAUAUAAGACUGGUUUCACUUUUUCACCAUUCCAUUAUAUUCCCACGUGAUUUUUUUUUAAUGUUGGAGGCCUAGUGUAAAAUGCAAUAUGAAUAAAUUUACAGCUGAUUAUAUUAUCAGUGUACGAUUAUAUCAUCUAAAACAUUAAGCCACAGAGAGCCGCUUGAAAAUACCCCAUGAUGCAUUGCUUUCAAACCAAGGAGUGUCUGUCAGAUACGCCUGUCUGUGUAAAUAAGCCUCCAACAGCUUGGGUUCUUUAAUUUAUGUAAGACAAUUACAGCAAGUUUGUGUUCUUGGCCCACUUCCUUAACAAUUUGUAUCCAUCUCACCACUGAUACUUUUCUGACAUAACAUUAGCUAAUUAUUCAUGAAAUCUUUAUUGUUUUUUCAAAGAACAGACUGUAUGUUCAUUUUUUCUUUUUCAUAUAAAUGACAUGUAAAAUGAUAUGUUAAUUCUUACUGGGUCUCUGUGUCAGUGGGGUCCAUUAUGACUACACUGUUGCAACUACAACUACAUUACAAAUGCAAGAGAAACACAAAAUAAACCAUAGUCAAGAUAACUGCAUGAACACACAAAAAGACAAUUGCAGGCAUGUAUUGCACUAAAUGUGCAUGAUCACAGAUGUCAAUCAAAUCCAUUGCAGUAGUCACAGACUUGCAGGUCUCUCUACUCUUCUACGUUUCAUUAAAGAACUCUCCAUGUUCAUGUACUAUUGUGUGAAAUACUAAACAUACUGUGUGGUUUGAA